AAAGAGAUGAAAAAGAUUCCAAGGAUUAAAUACUCAAGAGGCAACCCAAAAGCAGGCCACGCAAUUCACACCCGCCAAAUUCUAACAAAAAAGGUCGGGCCGACAGCCGACCCAAGGCCAACAGGCCGGGUCCCAGAUCCUUGCCCAGGCCCCACGGGCUAUGAUUCUGGUGGGGGCAAUUUCGUCAUUUCUCCUUCCCGCAAACAAAGCUGGCAGUUGAGCUUUGGUAUUGUUUUAGCGCUCUAUAUUAAAAUAUCUGAUUCUUCCCAAACUUUACCCUCACUGACCACUAAAAAUUUCCACUGCGGUCAACCGCCGUCCGUUUCCGUCACCUCCAUCCUCGCGGCUUGUCCGCGUCGGGCUUUGGCAGAUGCCCCAUGCCCGUAAAUUCGUCAACGGAUGUGGGCAUUUGCUGAUUCACAUACACUUUCCCACGUCGUCUCUUCGCUCCACCUGGCACGGCGGCUCAGCUCCUCAACCGGCACCGGGCGCACCACUACGAUCACCUCCUCCGCCUCCUCUGCCCCAGCUCAAUAGAUAGGGAGUGAGUGUGGAGAGGGGAGCAUCGUGGAGGACAGACACAGGGAAAGAGCGGGUAGAGGAAGCGGGAUGACGGUCCCCGAACGCCACCGCCAGAGAGGUGGAGCCGUCGCGGGGACUGCGCCGGCGGUUCGGAGCAGGGUCUCGCUGAAGCGGUUGCUGCGCGUGGCAUCGGUGGCGGGUGGGAUACAGUUUGGUUGGGCUCUUCAGCUGUCGCUUCUGACGCCGUACGUGCAGGAGCUGGGGAUUCCGCACGCGUGGGCCAGCAUCAUAUGGCUGUGCGGGCCGCUCUCGGGGUUCCUGGUGCAGCCUCUGGUUGGCCACAUGAGCGACCGCUGCACCAGCCGCUUUGGCCGCCGGAGGCCCUUCAUCGUCGCCGGAGCGGCGAUGAUCGUGUUUGCCGUUCUGAUCGUCGGCCACUCCGCCGAUAUUGGAGGGUUGCUCGGUGACAGGCCUGGUGCGAGGCCGGGAGCUGUGGUUGCUUUUGUUAUAGGGUUUUGGCUGCUUGAUGUGGCUAACAACACGACUCAGGGACCUUGUAGAGCUUUGCUCGCCGAUCUUACUGGGAAGGAUCAUCGAAGAACUCGAGUAGCAAAUGCAUAUUUCUCACUAUUUAUGGCUGUUGGCAAUGUUCUCGGCUAUGCCACUGGGGCAUACAGUGGCUGGUUCAAGAUUUUAUCAUUCACUGUCACUUCCUCAUGUGAUGAGAACUGUGCCAAUCUCAAGUCUGCUUUCUUAAUUGAUAUUGCUUUUAUUGUAAUCACAACAUAUAUAAGCAUCUCAGCAGCCCAGGAAGUGCCUCUUAGUUCCAGCAACGGAUCCGUCCACCUUGCUGAAGAGAGGCCAGGCCAGUCAAGUGAUGCACAAGAAGCUUUCUUUUGGGAACUAUUUGGGACUUUUAGAUAUCUCUCUGGCACUAUUUGGAUAAUCUUGUCUGUUAUUGCUCUGACUUGGUUUGGAUGGUUUCCAUUUCUUCUAUUUGAUACUGAUUGGAUGGGUCGAGAGAUUUAUGGUGGCAAGCCAAAUGAAGGGAAAAAUUACAACAUGGGAGUUAGAAUGGGUGCAUUUGGUCUAAUGUUGAAUUCCGUAUUUCUUGGAAUAACGUCAUUGCUCAUGGAGAAACUCUGCAGGAAGUGGGGGGCUGGUUUUGUUUGGGGAAUUUCAAACAUUCUUAUGGCUCUUUGCUUUCUAGCAAUGCUCAUACUUUCCUCCAUGGUCAGCAAUAUGGACUCCAUUGGCCAUGAUCUUCCCCCAAAUGGUGUUGUAAUUGCUGCACUAGUGGUCUUUGCAAUUCUUGGUGUUCCACUUGCUAUCACUUACAGUGUUCCAUAUGCAUUGAUAUCCACUCGAAUUGAGUCUUUGGGACUUGGUCAAGGAUUAUCAAUGGGUGUUUUGAACCUGGCAAUUGUCAUCCCACAGGUGGUGGUGUCUUUGGGAAGUGGUCCAUGGGAUCAACUAUUUGGUGGCGGGAACUCACCAGCCUUGGCUGUGGGAGGAAUUGCGGCCUUUGCUGGUGGACUCAUGGCUAUCUUAGCUAUUCCUCGAUCCAGUGCAGAGAAGUCCAGAGCCCUUACAUGAGCUGUAGCUGAAUGUUGUGCGAAACAAGUUGUUGACAAAUGGCAGAGAAUUUCUUCAGUGAGGAACAGUCCCAUCUAUAAAUGUCAUCUCUUUUAAGCUAUAGUAGCUAGCCUUGGAAAAGCGAGGGAAGCCGCAGCUGGUGGAUUCCAGAAUGAGUCCGAGGGGGGAUUUCCUUAGCAACCAAGUUUAGUCGCUGGUGAUUGGGAAUUAUUCCUCAUGAAAUAUCAGUUUUCGAUUAGCCUAUUUGCGGUUCAAUUACAAUGGUUUGGAAUAUCAAGCUGCUCCUGGUUCAAAAUAGUGUGUGGAAGAUGCUGCGUGUGGUGGGCAACAGUUAAAUUUGUGCAAUAUUUUUUGUUUUUGCUGAUUGAAACCCCUUGAUGGUGACCUGCCUUUUAUGCUUUCUCUGCAUUUUUUUUGUAUAUUUUUAAUUAUUAUUUUGAAAAGCGUGAUUGAUAUUUAUUGAGGGUCCUGUUCUUGUCA